AUGGCAUGGCCUUUUGGCCCGUCGGGCUCCCCUGACGGAUCAAAGGACGAUGACGAAGCAAAGAAGCAGCGCGUCUCGUGGACGGGCUCGCUGGGCCCCCUCCAGCGAGACCCCUUCGCGGCCGCCCGAGAGUGGGCACCCAUGGUGCUCUUCUCCCUCGUCGGGCUCGGCGCCCUGCAGCUCUACGCAAACUACUUGCGUCGGAUCCCCGGCGCCGACUACGUCCGGCCGUCCUUUUUUCGAAGCAGGAGUCUCUAUGGCAGGGUCACGAGCGUUGGCGAUGGCGAUGGUUUCCACAUGUUUCACACGCCCGGCGGCAGGGCUGUCGGCUGGGGAUGGCUGCGACGCGUGCCCGAGAAGAGAAGGGAGCUCAAGGAUCGCACGAUAACCAUCCGCCUUGCCGGCGUCGACGCCCCAGAGGGAGCGCAUUUCGGUCGACCGGCCCAGCCAUUCGCCGCCGAGUCACUGGCAUGGCUCUCCGACUACCUCAUGCACCGGAACGUGCGGGCGUACGUAUACCGGCGAGACCAGUACAGCCGCAUCGUCGCGACCGUCUACGUGCGCCGCUUCCUCAUCCGCCGGGACGUGGGGCUGGAGAUGCUGAAGCGAGGGCUGGCGACGACGUACGAGGCCAAGUUUGGCGCCGAAUUUGGCGGGAUGAGAGCGGCUUACGAAAAGGCCCAGGCCAAGGCCAAGAAGAAGCGAAAGGGCAUGUGGGCUGGCAAGCCCAGCGCCUUUGAGAGCCCGCGAGAAUACAAGACACGGUGGGGUGGGCAGCAGGACAAGACGGGCAUUUGA